AUGGUUCAAUCAGAUCCGAUCGAGGAUCUAGAAGUUAACUUGUUUGAUUGGCCAAGGCUGGAUGCACAGCACCUUCUCUGGAGAAUAUAUAACGGCUAUGUAUUGAAUCCUGCGAUAUCCAGAUCUCGAGAGAUGAAGAUCGCGGAGAUUGGCACAGAUUUAGCAUCUCAGCUUCCCCAAAGCGCCCAACUAGAUGGCUUUGACUUGUCUGAGGAGCAAUUUCCCCACCAAGAUAUUUGGCCGGCGAAUAUAACCUUUAACAAGCUUGAUGCCUUUGGAGAUGUGCCUGACCAUCUCGCUAACAAAUAUGACGUGGUCCACCUACGAUUUUGGUGUUGUAUCGUGAGAAACAAUGACCCAACUCGACUCAUACGACAUGCAGCAGGUCUCCUGAAACCUGGCGGUUACCUUCAAUGGGAGGACGCCGACACCGGGAAAAAUGUGCUUCGAGGAGAAAUAGCAGAACAGUUUGCACGAGUGGCGAGAUCGACCUUUACGGCUCAAGGACUUCACUUCGACUGGCUUGGCAAAAUACAGGAACACGUCAGACAACAGGGCUUGGAUGUUUUGGCCAGUGAAAUCGGAGAGAUUCCUCCUGGCCUUGUUCCCCUCUGCACCACUACGUAUUUGGCGGGGCACGUCGAGAUCUUUCGCACUACGGAGACCUUCCAGGAAUCACAGACUCCAGAUGACAGCAGGUGCAGGGACCUCUUGCUGGAAUUGUUGGCAGCAGUCAAACAGGGGGCAGCAUACCAUUGGCGUCCAAUAACGCUUCUUGCGCAGAAACCUUCAUGA